UUCCUUCCCGCGCACGUCGUGCAAGGUGGAAGUUGGUCAUGGUCGCUCGGCAAACGGAAAGCCGCCAUGAUGGCUUUCUGUAAAGUACGCUCAAUAUGUAAUGUUUCGUUAUUGUUUUUCGUUAAUUGUGACUGAGUGUGUGCAAAAAUCAAUCAUGGGAACGAACUAGAGUGUGUAAAGUUUAGUUUAAGGUCCUUUGGGACCUCUUGGAGGAGCUACAAAGUGUUUUAUAAGUGCAUUUGUGUGUCGACGCUAGCGUGUUUUGUUCUGUCAACAAAAUGUCGAAGCUAUCGUUUAGGGCGAGGGCCCUGGAUGCGUCGAAACCAAUGCCCAUAUAUCUCGCCGAGGAGCUUCCGGACCUCCCGGAUUACUCGGCCAUAAAUCGGGCAGUCCCUCAGAUGCCCUCUGGGAUGGAAAAAGAGGAGGAAUGUGAACACCAUCUCCAGAGGGCGAUAUGCACGGGCCUGAUCAUACCCACUCCGGAGGUGUGCGAGGUGGACGACCUCGAAUUCUACGAGCGAUGCUACCCGCCCGAUUACAAGAUGCCGAAACAACACAUACACAUGCAACCCCUAUGGCAGGAGCAGGAGCAGCCAGAGUACGACAUCGACUCGGAGGACGAGCGCUGGCUGAAGCAGCAGCGGCAUCCGGAGCUCACAGAGCUGAUGUUCGAGCAGAUGAUGGACAAGCUAGAGCGGAGCUCGGGGCAGACCGUCGUGACGCUCGGCGAGGCCAAGCUGCUGCUGGAGCGGCAGGACGACCUGGUCAUAGCCGUCUACGACUACUGGCUCAACAAGCGGCUCAAGACGCAACACCCGCUGAUCCUGUCGGUGAAGACGGAGUCCCGGCCGGGGCAGUCCACCAACAACCCGUACCUCGCCUUCCGCAGACGCACCGAGAAGAUGCAGACUCGGAAGAACAGGAAAAACGACGAGAGCUCGUACGAGAAGAUGCUGAAACUGCGGCGCGACCUCGCGCGCGCGCUGACCCUACUCGAGCUGGUGGCGCGGCGCGAGCGAGCCAAGCGCGACCUGCUGCGGCUCACGGCGCUGCUGUCGGAGCGGCGAUACCACGCGCAGGACUUCGCGUCGCACCUGCCGCCUGAGCUGCCGCAGAGUCGUUCCACAUUCUCUGCGGCGUCCCUGGCAGCCCAAACGGCGCGGUUCCGCGACGCCGCGUACCCCCCGCCGCCCGCGCCGCGCCUCCCUCCCCCCGACGCGCCCAGACAGCGCGAGAAGCGUCCGUACAAACGACGCAAACACCGGCACCACGGCACCGGCUCCGCACAGGGGCUACGAGACUCGGGCGUGUAUACUUCUUCUGAGGAGGAGAGCGCGCGCGCGGAGGCCGGCACGCCGCCCGACGACGGGCCCUUCGCGUUCAGACGCAAGGCGGGAUGCUAUUAUGAAAUGCCCACCGCGACGUUGUACGGCGACCCCGUGGACCCAGAAGAUACCUCUAAGGAUGCACUCUACGAACACGAGCUUGACAAUCGGUUGAGGUUCACGCUAACAUCGCUGCGCGCGGGCCACCCCCGCUGCAUCGGGUUCGCGCGGCGGCGCAUAGCGCGCGGCGGCCGCGUGGCGCUGGACCGCGUGCGCACCCCGCUCGACCCGCUGUGGACCCGCCUGCCCUUCACCUUCACCACCGAUACCAGUUACAAAGCCCAACGGGACGAGGAAGUCGAACUGGAAACAGAACAGCACAGAAACCCGAAGGAGAUGACCAGAGAUUACCACACGAGCGGCAAACACCCAUGGAGACACACUUUCCGCAAGCAUCUCAAGCAGCACCCCCACCUGUGGCUUCAGGACAUCAAGCCCGAGCCCGCAGAACCCACGGAAACAAGUGAACAAACGAAAACAAGCGAACGAAUGGAAACAAGUGAACGUACAGAAACAAGUGAAUGUGUGGACCCAAGUGAUAUUAGUGUUAGUGAUAAAAGGACAUGGGACAGUGGUGUGAGACAGAAUCUGGUGCGGGUGAUGAGGAAGCGGUCGUGGUCUGGCUGUAGUGACAGCAGUUAUGACUCGGAGGCGAGUUUGGAGCCUGUCGAGCAGGAGUUUGAGAAGUUCAUACAGGAGGUUAACAAGAAAUGGCUACACUUCCGGCCGAAGACGCCGCCGCCCUCCCCUCCCCCCGCACUCGACGCCUCCCUCUCCCCCGUGACGUCACACACGCCGCUCGCCGUGGACGUGCUCGCGCCGGACCCCUUCAUCACCUCAGAGUUCACACUAGCCCACUUGUACCAGGACUCGCUCAUCAACGAACCACAACUGGACUUGUCUGACGACCUGUUGAGCGAAAAUCUAGGAUUGACUGAGGAUCAAGUCGAGAGUAUACUGUCGGAGACGCUGACGGAUGAUAAGAAGGAUCUGUUGCCGGAUGACUUGUUGGAGGAGUUGGUGAAGGAUGUGGAUGUGAAGGACCCUUUUUUAUGCCAGGGCCAGAGUGGAGGCGCGCGCUCUGGUCGCGUGCGCCGGCGCAUAGAGAGAUCGUCAUUCGGCUCGUCAGUAGUGAACGUGACCGCGGCUCCCACGGCGCCGGUGUGCGUGCCGCGCCCCGUCGAGGUUAAACAAGAAGUGGAAGACAUCAAGCCGCGGGUCAAGGAGGAGAAGCCGCGAGCAGCGCCCGCGCCCGCCAACACUCCCGCCCCUAAGGUUAUCAUCAAUACUUUCCAUCCACCGUGUGAAUAUCGCCACCCACAAACUGACCCAAUAUCAUUUCCCCCGCAGCCUUCACCAAAACGGCCGAAGCAGCAAAAAGACCCGGAAACCAUCGAAGAGGUGCAACUGUCGCACGGCGUCCAACUGAAGACGGUCCACACGAAGCACUCCCCGCUCAAGAAGCACAUCAUCACAUCGGCGCCGCACCGCGUGGCGCACGUGGCCCCCAGCGUGACCCACGUGACCCCCGGCGUGACCCACGUGGCCCCGGGCGUGACCCAUGUGACUCAUGUGACGCAGGGCGCGGGCGAGGCGGCGCGGCCGCAUGUGCUGACGGUGAAUGUGUCGGAUAGUUUGCGGGUUCGUCUGCAGAACCAGGUGCUGUCGUCGCAGGCGGGCGCGGCGCAGAACGGGCCCUUCCACGCGCCCGAGACGCCGCCCGCGCGAGGGGAGAUCGUUCCAGGGCCGGUGUCUGUCUCCGCGGCGCACUCCCCGCGGCGCCCCGUCGUGCACCUGCAGCAGAAGCAGCUGCAGCCGCCCGCCAACAUCUACGCGCACAACAAGCUCAAGGUCCUUCACGCCCACCCGCUAACGCAAACGCAGAGAACACAAUUACUAGCCCAGAGCCGAGCCGGCAUCGCUCAGCUACCCACCGUCGUGUCUCUAGCUACCCUCGGCGAGGCCAAAUCAGCCACACUGAAGGCUGCCCCAGGCUCCUGCGCACAGUUCUUCGAAAUCAAAGGACAACUCGGCAAAGGGGCACAUCUAGUGAAUGUAGUCAGACAACCGCAGCCGGGGAAAGCGACUACCGUAGCACGAUUAGAUCUGAACGACGCCAAGAAGCGACAGGUCAUGGCCACGUUUGACGCGUCUCAACUACGAGGGAACAUAGCGGCGACGACGCGACCGCACAGAGUCAGCGUUAGUUUGGAUGGAAGACAGAUUGUCAGGGCCGGAGUGCCGGUGAGAGCGCCUUUGCGACAUCAGAUCCAGCUGAAAAACCGCACAGUGCAUGUCGCCUCACCUCAAAUAACUCGCUCAGAGCCGUCGACAUCGACAACCAGAACUGCCUCAAUACCCAGUGCGGUAGUGGCGAACUUACUGCAGAAAAAUCUGCCCAAGUCGGGCCAGAAGAUCGCGAUAUCGGGCGCGAUGGCGAAUGUGCAGGCGAUCGCGUUUACCACGAGCGCGCAGCUGAAAGCGCGGCCCGCUAGGCUCGUGGCCCACCCCGCCGCCGCGCAUGCUGCUAAUAGCGAGAUAGUCGAAGUGACUACCUCGGCCGCGGCCUCAACCUCCUCAGUCCUCACGCCGGACGGGCGCCGUAUCGACACACCCGGCGACACGGACGCCGCCACCAACGGCGCGGUCCGCCGGCGCCCCGCCGACACGCUGCCCAUGGAGGUCACGUGACAACGCCCGGAGCCCCGCAGUCAGGACGCGCCGCCCGUGCUCGCCUUCUAGCCCACGCCCACUCCGCGCACAGCGGAUAGCCAGGAUACGUCUGAUUCAUAAUUAACUCUUGACCUAGCACGGAUACUUGAAAUGUUUCAUUGGUUGGAGGGAGAAAACAAUGUGGUAUCGUAUAGGUCUUGUUAAGGGUUAAAUUUAACAUGUAAAAGAUUAACCCACACGGCUACUUCAAAUGUUUUCGCCAAAGUAAGAAAACCAUGUGGUAUCGUAUUGGUCUUGUUAAGGGUUAAAGUAAACUUGUAACAGCGCAGUCUGUUUGUGGCAAGGGUUGAAAGGGUGUUUUUUGUGUGGUCGAAAUUAAAUAUUGCUGUGUAUUGGUGUAGUUUUGAUCUUGGUGUGUAGAGAGUGAAUCAGUUUUUCCCAUACCCAUUAGGAUCACCUAUAACUAUCGGUAAGGUAAAAUUUUGCGCUUUGUAACUUUGUAAAAACGAAGAGCUAAUUUCACCAAUGCAAAGCAAUGUUUCAUUUGGGACACCGUCUAAGUUCAUAACUGUAGGAUCGUGAUAACGGUAGUUUGGUUUGAAUUUAGCCACAACAUCAGCGGAAAAAAAUGAGCUUUUGAAGCCUAAAUUUCUAAGUGACACUGCUAGUGUAAAUGUUGCUACACUUAUGAACAUGGACUAUAUGCAUGAAUCAAUCCUUGAAUGUAUUAUUGAACAUACGCAAUUUGGCAGAUGUGCCCUGCUAGUAUAAGUUGUAAUAAUGAAUUGUAACAUUGCAUAACUAUGAAUUCUAAAUUACUUUUGGAAUCGAUUAGACUAGAGCAAGAAAUAUUAAAUUAAAACGAAGGAAUGUGAGCAUAAAAUGUAAAUCUAACCAGUCAAAUCGAUUCCAAAAGUAAACCUCUAUAAAGACAGACAUUAAUUACCUUAUGGUCAGUGUUUCUCGCUGAUUUUUGUACAAUGUAAGUCGCCAUUAUUAUGUAAUUUGAAAAGAAAUUUGAGUCCUUCUUGGUUUGUGAAUUAGUAGAAAUAGUCAUAGCAGUCUCAUCAACCAGUACCCUUAGUACGGGUUUUACAGUUUACGUUUACUACUGUCAACUGCGUACAUUAUCUGUCAAAUGUUUAAUUAUAUUUUCCGCUAGAGGCGCCACUUUGUAUGCGAGAAAGCGUAAACUUUCAUAGCUAACCUGUACUAGGCUUACAGGUUUGUAUGUUAUCAGUAUAGCAUUUUCAAUUUAUACAUAAUUUCAUCUCGGAACAAUGUUUGAUUCUAGUUCUAUGCAAGAUAUAAUUGAUUUAUGAGAAAAAGUUGAUUCCUACAAUCUAUUGGCCUACCUCGUGACGGUCACAAAACUAGGAAGGACCUUAAUAUUGAGUUGUCUAGUUUAAUUUUAUUAUUAUUAUUGAAAGGGUAUAGUGAUUUCGUAGGAGAGGAAACGUGUGAUAUUACGUUAAUGGUUUUUUUAAGUGUAAAUAAUUUUGUAAAAAGUUAUUCUUUCUCAUGUAAAAAAAGUAAAACAAUUGUGUUAAAUUCGUAGGGAUUAUUUAAAUUGGUGUACAGUUGUAGUGGCGCCAUCUUUUGGUCCGAUAAUGGUAUUAGUUUUAGCUGUAAUAAUCAAUAAAAGGAAAGAUUUGGCGGGAAACACUCCUGAGGUAACCUAAAAACGAAUAUCAAACACAAUAACUAAUGUAAUUUCCAUGUUUUUGACUUCUGAAUCUGUGUAAGGCUUUCUAAGAAACUCACUUAGUUUUGUGGGAAUGAUACUAGAGUUAGCUCUUACUGAAAUCCUAAAUUAUAUUUAAUUUCAAUCAAUUUAGACAGCUCUAUCGCAAUUGCUAUACCUUCUUUAUUCGAUCAUAGCUGGUUUAACUUCUUUCAAGAAGUUUCAGAAAAGUCGGUCCUCGGCUUUCCUCAUCCAACCAUUCACUAGCGCAUGUUUAUGUCAUUGGCCCAACGGAUUAAAAAAAUAAGUUUCUACAAAUCCUCUUUACAUACUGUUAAAGAACGGAUUAAAACUUUACCAUACUCAUAAUUUCGCCUUUCUUAAAACUUCAAGUUUCAUUCCCACAAACUUACACAGACAAUUUAUAAUAGGUCUUAUUAUUUGAAAAGGUCAUUUCAUUUAGUAUCGAAGAAGUCUAAGCUUCAAUCAUUAAUUUAAGUGGCUGUGAAAUAGUAAAUAUCUUCAUCAAGAAAAGCAUACCUACUGCCGAUUUUGCCAGCCUUCAGUUCUAUUCAAAACAGAAUAAUAAUAAAAAUAUCAUAUUCAUUGGUUACUCAAUUGCUCGAUUUAAAAAAAGCUACAUUCGGCUGGUUAAGAAGGUAUCCGGCUUAGUUAACGAUUCUUCUAGUGUUAAAGACAAAAAAAGAAAAAAAAAAGUGUAAUAUAACCGCAUACAUGUGUAUUAUAUAGCGUUAAAUGUAUAAAAAUAUGUUUACUUGGUAAUAAAACAAGGUAUAGAUAGUUUUGCUGGCGGGUCCAGUGUAAUUGUGACCUCUGAGUAAAUUCGUUCGCUAAUUUUGCCCAAAAUAUCUCGAUUUGACCCAAAAUAAUUCAAGUCAAGUUUAAUGGACUAAUAUAGUUUCGAUGGUAACAAAAAUACAGUUAAGAACGGUUUGAUAUAUAGUAAUUGGCAAAGUUUGAGUUGGGCUUUCGAUAUUAUUAACACACUUAGAACAAAGCUUAUAAUUAUUAUAAUUGUCUCUUUAAAAAUAUGAACUAUGUAAAAACUGAAAUUGAAACUACAUUUGACUUGGUCCGAAUUUCAGGUAUGAGUUCGCUAUAUUCUGUAAUCAUUUCAUUAUAAAUCAUAGGUACAGGCGGACUCAAGUGUAAUACCUAAUUAGGCCUUACUUUGAAUUACAUACAACAUGUUUAUUUUUAGGUAUCCUGCUCUGUACUCAGGGUGACUUAAAUUUGUUCACUUAGCUGUAUGUGGGCUUGCUUAUGUAAAAUUAACAUUGUUAUGGAUAUUGUUGAGAAAUGACGCUGAGUGAGAUCAAAACUGUAAUGAAGAUAUUUUUAGAAAAGUUUUGCAUUCGGUUAUUCAAUCUGUCUGUUGAAAUAUUUGAAUAUAGCCCUCGGUGUUUCAUCUAAACAUUUUAACUUUUGAAAUAUUAAAUCGUUCUCUCGCAAUCCUAAUUAAUUAUGAAUAAUCUAAAUGUCGUGCCCUUCUCAUAUUAAUGAUACAGUUAAAGGUAAAAAAAAACUUAGGGCGUCCAUAGAAUGUAGAUGCACUGUGUUAACUCAUAUGAAAUGUAAUCGUUUUGAUGUUGAAGUGUAGUUUCUUUUUCGGAAAUAAAUUAUCAGACUUUUCAAAUAAAUGUUAAAAGUUGUUAAAAAAUAUCGAUAUUUUGCAGAAAAAUAUAAAAAAAGAUAAAAUUGCGUGUCUAAGGCGUUGUAAUGAUCAUUUGGGGUUAACUUAGCUACUUAUGCGAAUAAUAUGGCAGUGACGUGUUGUUCCAAUUUAUAAGAUAAAAAUGCGAGCUGUUUUUCGUAACACAGCGGGUAACAUUACCUACUUGUUAAGAAAAAUUACUUGCGAUCAAAAAAAUUACUAUAAAUAAAAAUGUAACGGUUUUAACUAUGUCUAUACAUAUUUAAACUAGUAAGUAUCAUAUACUUUACAAAAGGCUGCAAAUUUGGGAAAAAAUGUAAAAAAAAACUGGUCUCAUUUUUUGGGGCCGUUAACAUACGCUUAGUAAUGUGGUUAGGAAAUGUUGUGUACCUCAUAAGCUCUUGAUUUUAGUAUAGGAACGCGAGGUUUUGAGUGCCCCCUUGCCCGUUUAAUUCUUAUCUAUAUCCUCGACUCGCGAAGGCUUUCAGCCCAGUAUUGUUUUCCUUGUACAUAUUUUUUUUAAUCGUUAUUUUUCGUUGGUAUUAUGCGGCGGUGACUAUGCGGCUUCUGUUGAGGGGACGCUCAAAACUCUCGUUAAUAUAAAAAAAUGCUGUAAAUUGUUUGUAAAAAUAGUCAUGUUCAGAAUUUCAGUCUAGUUUUGUUGAUUAUUUUUUUCAACCGGAAAAUUGCUAAAUAAAGCGAAGAUUCUGUUUCA